AGUGGUCUCAUUAGCCAUUUAUACUUAGGAGAGACAUACAAGCAACUUGAGCUUCGAGUAGUCUUCCUCUCUCUUUUUUUCCCCUCUUCUCCUUCUCUUGAUCUUCUCAUUAAUUACCAAACCUUAAACUAGAAAUCAACAAAAAAAAUGGAGGGGAAUGGUUGUUUAGGAAGUUAUUUUCAAAGAUGCAAGCCUUAUAUAGCCAUGAUAUCUUUGCAAUUUGGCUAUGCUGGCAUGAACAUCAUCACCAAGGUUUCUCUUAAUCGAGGGAUGAGUCAUUAUGUGCUAGUGGUCUAUAGGCAUGCCUUUGCUACUGCUGUUAUUGCUCCUUUUGCUAUUAUUCUUGAGAGGAAAGUACGGCCAAAGAUUACAUUUCCCAUUUUCAUGCAAAUGUUUGUGCUUGGUCUUCUUGGGCCUGUGAUUGAUCAAAACUUUUACUAUGCUGGGCUGAAAUUCACUUCUCCCACCUUUUCUUGUGCCAUGAGUAACAUGCUGCCUGCGAUGACAUUUGUCAUGGCAGUUCUUUGCAGGAUGGAGAUCGUGGACAUAAAGAAAGUUAGAUGCCAAGCAAAGGUGAUUGGAACCAUAGUAACCGUGGCUGGAGCCAUGUUCAUGACAUUGUACAAAGGUCAGGCUAUCAAUUUGAUGUGGUCUAAGCAUGUCAACACUCAGACAUCUUCUGCUACUGCCACAACUGGAUCAGCUGACAAAGAUUGGCUUAUGGGUUCCAUUCUCCUCAUCAUCGCUACACUUGCCUGGGCAUCAUUCUUCAUUCUUCAGGCAGUGACACUUAGGAGGUACUCAGCUCAGCUUUCUCUUACAACCAUUGUGUGCUUUUUGGGUACUCUACAGUCCAUAGCUGUCACUUUUGUGAUGGAACACAAACCUUCUGCUUGGACCAUUGGCUGGGACAUGAAUCUUCUUGCUGCUGCCUAUGCUGGAAUUGUGUCGUCAAGCAUUGCAUACUAUGUUCAAGGACUUGUCAUGCAAAAACGAGGGCCUGUCUUUGUCACUGCUUUUAGUCCUUUGAUGAUGAUCAUAGUUGCAAUCAUGGGCUCUUUCAUCUUGGCUGAGAACAUUUAUGUUGGAGGUAUUCUUGGUGCUAUAUUAAUCGUAGCUGGACUCUAUGCGGUUCUAUGGGGCAAGUACAAGGAACACAAAGAAAAAGAAGCAGAAACGAUCCCUGAACCAAUCAAAGAGAAUGGAGAGAAUGGUCACACAGCAGGAAUGAUCCAGGAUAUUGAAGCUAACAAUGACAUUGAGAGGCAAAGAAAUCAAGCUAACAAUGUGACCUUGCAAGCCCUGGCUAUUACUCUUCCAAUUUCACAGGCUCCCAUGAUAGCCAAGGAAGCACCAAGAGCUUAAUUAGUGUAGGAAAAAGAUGAGAUAAAGAGAGAAAUAAUAGAGGGCUAAAUUCAGGAAUAUCAAGCUUCUUUUUCUCUUUUGCAAUUUCAACUUUACUAUUUUUACCUUUUUUUUGGAGGGGGGGGGGCGCUUUGCCUUUGUUUUAAAAUUAUGGAAAUGAGAAAAUGCAUAAUCUUCUUUCCUGGCUUCUGUAA